AUGCCAACAAUUCAACAAUUAGUAAGAUCUGAAAGAAAAAAAUCUGAGAAAAAAACUAAAUCUCCUGCAUUAAAAGCUUGCCCACAAAGAAGGGGUGUAUGUACUAGGGUUUAUACAACUACACCUAAAAAACCAAAUUCUGCUUUACGCAAAGUAGCUAGAGUGAGAUUGACUUCUGGGUUUGAAGUUACAGCAUAUAUACCCGGUAUAGGCCAUAAUAUUCAAGAACAUUCAGUUGUUUUAAUUAGGGGUGGUCGUGUUAAAGAUUUACCUGGUGUAAGAUAUCAUGUAAUACGAGGUACUUUAGAUUCUGCUGGAGUUAAAGACAGAAAGAAUAGUCGCUCAAAAUAUGGAACUAAAAAACCAAAAAUGUAA